GUCAAUACAUAUAUGUUCAAGAGCAGGCGUAAACGCAACGCAUUAGUACCGCACGUCAGUGUGCAUCAGUGUGUUGACGUGAAUUAGGAACAGUACAGUGUAGUGGUUUCUGUUUGUGCUACAAACUAUUUCUGGGCAUAGUAAUUAUUUAAAAAUGCUGUCAAGACAGUUUGCUCGUAGUGCUCAUUUAAAUAUAACAACACGAUGCUUUAACCGUAGCAGUAUUAUACGAGAAAUUAAUAAAAUUCCUGCACAAAAAAGUAGUGAGACCGUUAAGGGAACUGAAAAUGUCAUAGGGUCACAAAUGCAUCGUGUAACUGGUUUUGACAAAACAGUACUUGUUUGGGUAAAACGAUAUCCGAGCAUUGCAGAAGUUCCUAAGGAUGUUACAGUGAACUGUAUGCUUACUGCAAGAAGUAAAGCACGAAUCAAGGCUUGUCAAUAUAUGAUUGGUUUUACUCUCAUUGGUUGCUUAACAGCCGCAAUAAUUGGAAGAAAAGCUGCUGCACGUGGAGAAAACUUACUUACACAAAGACAAGAGUGGUAUCAGAAAAACGUGGUAGAAGAUAAAAAUAAAUAGAUCUGUAAAUGCUCAGAAAAUGUAGAAAUCUUUAGGAUCAAUUUUCUGAGAAGCUCAAAUUAUAAAGAUAUUAUAAAGAUAUUAUUGCUUUAAAAUAUUUUCAUAUAUUUUUCUGAAGUAAUAAACGUUUAGUUUUGACCAUUUUAAUGAUUGGUAUUUGUAAUAUAUAAGGCUGUUCCUUAAAACUGCAGUAACAAAGCAACAAAAUUAUUCUAUGUAUGUACAGAUAUCUAUUGUAAAAAUAUCCAAUUUACAUUUAGUUCUACAAUUUAUGUAUACUGUAUGUAACGAAUAUCUGAUUCUCAUUAGAAUUAGUAAACAACUAAUUUGAUUUUACAAUAUAUAUGUCUAAAUAUUAUA